CUUCUUGUUAGGCCUGAACAAAGAUAUAGCACAAAAACAGGUAUGCCAGCCUGACCGAAGUCAGACUAACAGAGAUUUCUGGGUAAUCCUUGAGUGGAAAAAUACCGAGAAGCAGCAUGUCUCAUAAAGAGAUGGGAAAAAGUGAGAUAAGAGAGCGGCUGCAUUCCUGGCAUAGUACCAGCUGUGCUGUGUUAGGAGCAAUUUGUUUGAAGACCAGAUACGGAGCCAGCCUCCCCAUAUUCAUUUCCUAGCUCUGUUCUCUGUCUGUUCUUAACUCCCCUACAUUCCUAACUGCUGGUGUUGCCUGUCUCCUCUGCGGUCAGACAACAAACCUCACCAUCUGGAUUCAGGUCCCCAACAUUCUGAACACAGGAAGCUAUUAAGAAUUUGGAUUCUGGCACUUUUCUCAUUGGCUGUAGGGGCCGAGCCUUCCCCCACCCCAGCUGAGUGAAAAGAGAAGGCAGGGCCACGUGGCUUUCACUCUUUGGAGUGAACUGCAUACACAGACCAUGGAUUCCUCUGGAAAGCCAGUUCUUUAUAGUUAUUUCCGAAGUUCCUGCGCCUGGAGAGUGAGAAUUGCACUGGCUCUGAAGGGAAUUGCCUAUGAUCAGGAACCAGUGAACCUCCUGAAGGAUGGGGGACAGCAGUUUUCUACUAAAUUCCAGGCAGUAAAUCCAAUGCAGCAGGUCCCGGUUCUGAAAAUCAAUGGCAUCAUCUUGUCUCAGUCGCUGGCCAUAAUUCAGUACCUGGAAGAGACCCGGCCUAACCCCAGGCUGCUGCCUCAAGAUCUGAAGAAGAGAGCCAAAGCCCGGAUGAUUUCGGAUCUCAUUGUUUCUGGCAUUCAGCCCCUGCAGAACCUGACUUUCCUGAAACAAAUGGGAGAGGAAAAGAACAUGGAAUGGGCUCAACACAAUAUCGCAUGUGGUUUCAAAGCUCUGGAGCAGAUCCUGCAGCACACUGCUGGGCGCUAUUGCAUUGGGGAUGAGGUUUCCAUGGCUGACUUGUGCUUGGUCCCUCAGGUUUUCAAUGCUCAGAGAUUUAAAGUGGACCUGGCUCCAUACCCCACGAUCACCAGAAUCAAUAAAGCCCUUCUGGAGCUAGAGGCAUUCCAAGUGAGCCACCCGUACCGGCAGCCGGAUACCCCCGCAGAGCUGCGAGCCUAAGGUCCUUCCUACAAGCGGGCUCUGCUCCUCUCUAAAGCACAAGGGCAGGGGUGGCAGAGAAAUGGAUCACACCCUGCCCAGAGAAGGAAAGCCCAGCAGGCAGCCAUAGCAUUGAUGUAUCCUUGCCAGCUGCAUAGGAGGAAGGAGAAAGAGAGCGAGCGCCCGUGCUCCUGUACUCUGAAAGAAGCUGUGGGUGGCCCGUUGCAGACCUGAGUAUGGUAGGGAAAGGUCAUGCUUACCCCUCAUCAUGUUUAACUACCUUCAAUCUGACCACGUAGCAGAUUAAAGGAGAAGCAUCAAUAGC